AUGGCGUCGUGGUACUCCAGCCUCCUCACAAAGACAUCGUCGCAAAUCUCCUCUCUCCGCGCAACCCUCCUCCCCUCCGAGGCCGACGGCGACACCGACGACGACACCCACGUCUGCCGCGUCCUCCGCAACUACUACACAGACAAGGGCCGCCCCCUCCCGCCCUGGCUGCCCCCGGACCCCAAGGCCCCCGUCGCCCCCGUCGCCCAGCCUCUCUACGCCCAGCAGUCGCAGGUCGGCUCGCGCUACGGCGGCGCCGGGCUCGCCUCGCAGCAGCAGAUGCCGCAGCAGCAGCCCGGGGGUCUGAGCAGCCUGUGGGAUAGCGGUCCCGCCCAGCAGCAGCAGAAUCUGCAGCCGCAGAGCCUGAGGGCUGGCUCUCGCGCCCCGCAGUCUCGCGGCGGGCGCGACGAUGUCAUGGCCAGGCCCUUGCCCAGCCAGCGCGCCGGCAGCUACCAGAACGCCGGUCCGUCCCCGGCCACCCCGCAGCCCGGGCCUGGCGGCUCGGCCCAGGACCGCCUGCGCCAGCGUCUCCGCGGCGGGCCCUCGUCGCGCACAUCGAGCCCCGCCCAGGCCGGCCCGGGUCCCUACCAGCCUCCCCCGCCGGCUGCCAACUCUCCCUGGUCCGGCGGCGGCGGCGACGAUUACAACGGCGGCGGUCCGGGUCCGGGCUCGGGACGAUGGGGAGGAGGAGGGGCUCCGGGGCCGGGGCCGGGGGCUCGCCAGGGACUACCCGCCGGCCCGCGGAGACAAGGCCUGCCGCCGGGCGGUGCGAGAGGAUACAGAUAA